AUGUCCGACUUUGACUCAUCCGAUACAGUACGAUGCCGUUGGUCUAUUGGAUCCACCAGUAAUAUCAAUGGAUAUGAUGAAUGUGCAGCUGUUUGCUCAGGUGUACCAGGUGCUAUGUUAUAUUCUGAUAAUUGUACUCUUGUAUUUACACUAACUCAAGCUAGUAUGUGUGUUGCUGUUGCUCUACAAAUCGAAGAUUUUUAUACGACUACAUCACCGACACCAAUGAGUUCUGUUCCUAUUCAAUUUCUUUUCUAUGGUUAUAUAGCAUCUUCUGGUUGCAGUACACCUCCUGCUAUUAUUGGCAGUCGACCUAACCGAGCUUGUAUUGGAACGCCAAUUGGUUCAACUGUUAAUGAAUUAGUUAUAGUACAGGUUUAUUGUAGUGGCACAAGUAUCGUUGAUUUCAUUACAAGUUCACCUGUUGGCUUAACAAAAAGUCUCUAUCAAAUUGUUCUUAGCUGGAUCCCAACAGCUGAUCAAGUGGGCCCACAAGGUUUUUGCGCUGGUGCUAUCGGAGUCUUGUUAGUCUAA